AUGGCAGAUAAAAUAAAGGAAAAGAAUCAAUAUCAUUUAUUAAAAUCAAAAUAUUCAGGCGUAGGUGAUGCCGAUACUACAAGUCAAGAAUUUUUAACAACUAUCCAUAAUGAUACCAUUUCUUCCUUAGCUCAUCACCAACAUUUAUUACUUUACAAUUCAAUAGUUACAAAUGAACAUCCACAUCAAUUAAGACAACAGUUUAUACAGAAACUAAAAUAA